UUACCAUAGCUUUGACUUGGAGUAAGCGAGGAGACCAGCUCCACCCCACGCUGUUGACUACUGAAUAAAUAUAGAGUUGUCCUCCUUUCUCCCAUCCCUACGCCUCAGACAAAGUCUCCAGCGACUAGUCUAACUAUAAAACCUGCUGAGUUCGUAUAUUUUGCUGUAGUUACAGCUUGUAUUCCGUAUCUGGCUCAAUCAAUAUGCGAAUGUUAUGGUAUCAAUGGCUCUGAACGACUAGCAACAGGAGUUCUCAUGGGCCGAAGAUAGAUAUCUAGUAGAGCUGAUAUUACUUGAAUAUGAGAUAUAAGAUACUCCUUAUUCAACAUUUAGUGCGGAAUAUAUAAACGGUAGUAAUAGCAGGUCAACAUUUCUCAUCGACCGCCCCCAAAUGGUCCAAGCGGGAGCAAAACGCACGUGCUUUGAGCUUAAUCCCCGGGGUCAUACACGUGAUGAGGCUGAACCGUAGCUUAUCUCUUUAUGGAAAGUUCUCCCGGCCCGGCGGGAAUUUAGGCUGCAUAAAUCUCUACGUUGUGAUUGGCCGGUGCCAGGCAGCAAUGUUCUGGGGCUUUGACGAUAUAUUUAGACGACAACCUUGACAUCCCCGACACAGGCACAGCCUCACAAGAAAACGGCUGCUAUUCUGGCGAUUUAAAACAGAUAUAUAUCACUAUAAAUUACCUACAGCACUGCUAUAUCUCCUGCUUUACAGACAUUCCACUUCACUUUCAGAACUGGGCACUCUAGCUCUAACUCCGACGUUAUGUCGGUCCUCAGACAUGGAAGCGCCUUUCUGCAGCGGCGGCUGACGAAACUGUAUACCGACACGAAAUCAUCCUGUGAGAGCGUAACAACAGCUGCCAGACCGAAUGAUGACCCUGAACUUGUCUCUCUUAACCGUCAUUUCCGCACUCAAAAGGAUAGGCUACUUGCGUGGGGCCUAGAUUGGAGUGAUGCCAGCGCAGCGCAGCCGAAUGAUAUUGACGAAGCCCUGACCGAAGCUGGAUUUAGUGACGUGGUUGCAAGCGUUAUGUCGUCUAUCCAAAAACUUCUCAACGAAGCAGAACGACUACAGCAUCCUAAUCCUGCGACUAUAUCACCGGAUGGAAUAGCGGGCAAGGCUGCAGAUGGGAACUAUACUACGGGCACAACUGGUGGUGUGAAGACAACUUGGACAGAAGCAGAGAUAUCCCGGUCUAAAGUACUGUUGGAAGAGUUAACAUCCCAUAUUGAUACCCUUUAUGACCUGUCAGCAUCAAGGAGGGACAUGAGUAUGGGCAUUAGCUCAGGUACCCCCCAAAGUGAAAAGCACAGUCACCAUCGAGGACUGUCGAAACAGUCCAAAGAAACAAAAGAGGCUCUUCGCCCAAAACUGCCAACUUCAAAGUCUGCCCCCAGCAAAGCAACGCAUCAUCUAGAGGUUUCGCCAACCGUGGCUACUAAUGACAUGUCUGCGGUCAACCCUUUCCUGAGUAUGCAUAUUGAUUCUAGUAUGACUAUUGAAAAUGGUGCAUUUCAACACCCGCCCGUGCAUAUUGAAGAAAAUGGAGAAUUUUUCCUUGAUCGCAACGCUUUAAGCCUCUCUAAAGAGCAUGUUUCACAUGCGACCACCCCUCCCCCUUACGAAGCAAUUGCUGCCUCAACCAGCUCUAGAGCAAUGGGAUUUAUAAACAGGGAAGCAAUUCCAUCUUGUAUGGCUCGAGGCUGUACAAGUAUGUCUAUCCCGGUGAUGGUCGAAUUUUUACCAAUCCUGAUGGAGGCUCAACAAUCUCUCGCUCGGCCAUUAAAACAACGUUUAAAAUCUAUCGGUCAAACACUUGACCGUUUGAUCGAGAAUUCAAGGGUCUCCCACCUUGGUUUGCUGAGGUUUCUAGGUUAUUAUAUUGACAUGACUUACUCCCGAUAUGGUUUCGUCUACCAUAUACCUAUCGAUACCUUCCCAUUCUUAAAGCAGCCUUCUGAUAUGAUUAAACCAAAGCCAUUGGUUUCCUUGCUGCAUAACGGCGAUGAUAAGCAGGAGGGUCCUGUUCCAAAUCUCGAAGAUCGAUUGGCCUUGGCUUACAAUCUGUUGUUGUCUGUUCUUCAUCUACGCAGCCAAAACCUAGUCCACGGCAGCAUAAAUAGCAACAACAUUAUUAUAUCUUCAGGAGCUCAUCUAUCUAACACUGGGUCCAUUAGCAACGAGAGCCUGGACUAUAGGCGGCCUUACUUUACCUCAUUUAGUCAGUUUGACGGUGAAGAUAAGAAUGCCCCGCCAGAACCCUUAUCAUCGAGUAUGUACCGUCAUCCAGAUGACAGGAGGACCUAUUCCGAUAAAUCAGCCUGGGCAUACGACCUAUACAGCCUGGGAUUGGUGCUACUAGAGAUUGGACUUUGGACACCUAUCGGAAGGCUGUGGAAGCUGAAAUACAACAACUCCAUGUUCAAAUCCCGAAUUGAAAAUGUCUAUGUCAAGAAACUAGCAGCUAAAUGCGGUGGUGCCUAUAUGCAAGUUGUUCAGCUCUGUCUUGACGCUCCCAACUUCCAUCUGUCGACAGAGCCCAUGGCAGAUUUAGGCCUCAGAAUACCGCAGACAUAUCACUAUCCCUGGCAUGAUCCAAGCAAUUCAAACGAUUGGAACACAUUCUCGAAAAAUUUUGUUUAUACAAUUGGUAAAAUCCUUUGGAGAUGCUGCGGCAUUGACGUUUUCUCUCCGCCUCCUGCGUCUGACCUGGAAGACUCUCUUCCCCCCCCCUUGGGGCUUGAGCCAGGCUUAUCGUCGUUUCAACAAGUAUCACCAAACGAAAGAGAUCUACAUAUUAUAGAGCCCACCAUCUCCAUCGAUAUCCCUUAUAACGUCUCUGCUAAUCCGGACAUGAAGUGUAUUAGUGAAAUGUGUGAAGGGAAUGAGAGGAAAGGCCGGAAACGUUCCAUGAAGAAGUGGUCGAAUGUGGAAAUACCCGAAGAACACUUACAAGCUUGGAAUAAGACUCUGAUGCCGAAAAUAAGCAAGCUUUUACAAAAAAUUCUGAAAGAUUCAUCAGAAUCAUGCAGCGCAACCCUGCUGGUUGCCGGUGAAACUGCAGACACAGCUAAGACCACCAUCUGUGUUACUUGUACCAAUGUUAGAAAGGUCCGAGCAGCGUUAAAGAAGUACUUUGAGUACGACCGGGAAAACUGGAAUCUCAUUGUUAUUCGUGGAGAUAUCAAACGAUCAAAAGUCCCACGAAAGAAGCGCCGGAAACCGAAGUCCAAGAAGGGUAUUAUUUCCCCAGAAGUCUCAAAUCCUGACUUCAAUUCCCAUUACCAAACCAAACCAAUAUGCGGCGCUUCCAUCGGCGCCUUUCGCUACGGCGAACAUCUGCCACCAGUUUCAUACGGUGGUGCGAUACUCGUCGAUGGUAUACCAUAUGGGAUGACGGUUCACCAUAUGCUCGAUACGCCCUGUGACGAUGAUGAUGAUUGUGAAGACGAUUACGACUAUGAUGGUGGGGAUUAUCCUCCACGUUCAUCGGAAAACUAUCUAUACGGAUCUGAUGAUGCUAAUCAAGGCCCCUCGUUCUCUUGGGGUGAACCCAACAUUCAUGAAGAUGGUUAUCUAUUGGAAUAUUCUGAUGACGAGGACGGUGAUGAUGACCAGUCUAUAGCACAUAGCCUUGAUGAAAGCUUCGAUGAUCACUGGCUCUCCGAUGGCUACUCUAGUGAUGAAGGAGAUGAUUAUGGUGGCUUUGACGAUGAUGAUACGGCCUCAAUUGGUGAUACUCCAGGUGUUGAUCCUGGUGAAAAACCUCAGAUAAUGGUAACGCAACCUGCCCUCGAUGAUGUACAUGAAGACUUCUUCCCCAGCCUAGAAGACAGGGACGAUGAGCAUCUUGCGUCCCAUUCCCUAGGUUUUGUUCAUGCUUCUUCCGGAGUCCGAAGGUGGACUAAAGAUGGUAUCAAACACGAGGUGGAUUGGGCGCUUAUCAAGGUCGACCGAAACAGAAUGGAAGUGAAAAACCUUGUCCCAGUUUCGUCGCCUCAGCCAAAUACUUCAAAGCCUAAUAGGCAACAACCACAAAGCAACGCAGGCUCGUUCCAAACUCUCACAAAAAUUGCCAAAUUUGAUGACCUAGGCGGCCUCAAUGUGCAAUGUUGCGGUCGAACGAGCGGUUUUCAGAGUGGCAAGAUUUCUAAGGCCCUAACAUUAGUAAAAAUGUACGGCCGUCAAUCCUUUUCGACCAGCUUCAGCGUUGAUGGCAAUUUUGGAGUUCCUGGGGAUUCCGGUGCUUGGGUGUUUAACGACAAGGGCCAAGUAUGCGGCCAUGUCCUUGCAUGGUCUGAAAAAAGUCGAAGUGCCUACAUUGCACCAAUGGAGAUUCUUCUCAACGACAUCGCUCGUACUCUUUGCGCGUACAGUGUGAAACUUCCCGAUGGCGAUGAAGAGAUAUGCUAUCGUGAUAGCUCGCCGCCACCACCUUUGCAGGGAAUUCCUCCUCCAAUGUUUUCCGUUCGUGCAACAAAACCUGUUUCGCCAAACCCAGUGAUAGCUGAGCAUCUUCCAGUCGAUUUGCAGAAACUCACCCUCGACCUGGAAGAAACACCCCGUAAUAACACUAGAGUAGGGGGUGUGAAGAAGAAAGAUGUUUCAGGGACUUAUAGAGCUAGCACCCCCCUCAUGCGACAUGCUCGUAUGGAGCGACAGAUCGCUUGAAUAUAUGUAUGAUAUUUAGCUGUUUAUAUGAAUUUCGAAUAUACCCUUUAUCAUUUAAAGAAUAAUAACAGUGCAUUGGACCUUAAUACCUUGAAUGAAAGUCUACUCAAAGCCCUAGAGUAACCUAGGAGCAAUGCGAGUGUUUUAUAGACCAGUGAUUACCGGGGAAUUGAUUGCAAGGCAUUUUAGAAGCUAUUGUGUUGCUCUAAGCAUUUUAUUGUUUUAAAAAAACCUAUCUAGACUCAUGAACUCCACACUUCAUCUCAUGUUGACAUAAACCAUUGAUCGGGACCAAAAAAACAGAAUAUACAGAUGCAAACAUACAAAGGAAGGGGAA